UAAAUUUCGGAGGGACGCAUGUGUGUUGCAGCGACCGUCGUGCAUUUUGAAGGGCAGCCAGGAGGGCCUACUUUUUUGUAUUCUUUAAAAAAAAAGAACAACGCCCCUUAACAGCGGUAUGAGCAAAUCUAACAUGGUUAUAACAUCUAGUUAGAAUGUUGUGAACAUCCUUGCAUAGCCAAUCAGAAGGGUGAUUAUCGUUAAACUCCUCCCCGUGAAUUUGAUAAUAGCUUGUGCGCGUGAUGCGUUUGAAGGGGAAUGUGCUGUGUAGUUACAAAACCUAAAGGUACGACUACAGACGUAUACGGUACCAUAGUAAUAGUGUCGACAAUAACAAAUCAACGAUGGUUUGACUUAUAAUCAAAGCCAGCGUCUACGCGGUCAGGAAGAUCCGGGAAUCCAUUGCUACGGGAGAGCAAUCGGAGAAACCCAUCUUUACACCAUGUAGUGCUGAAGCUGAAGGACAUGGGUCCAAGGGCAACUCACAGGCAGCACUUGCAGCCUCUGAGCUUGAUGGCCCUGAAGAACCGGACCCCAGGAUAUCUUCAGGGAACGCAGUGCAAAAGCUUGGCUCCUGACAUUAAACAUCUGACUAAAUAACAUUUAAAACGUAAACAUUGUAAUUUUCCAAAACGCAAGAUGCAGUCUAUCAAGUAUCAAUAAUGUGAGCCAUGACCAGUCAGUACGAGUUGUUUACUGUCUUGCCUGCACCAGUGUUUGAUGGCCUCCUCGUCAACCCCUCCCACGAGGGGCUGGGCAAGCCGGAUGUUUUUGCUGCAGAUUUAUUUAAUCAACACAGGUGACCUAAAAUACCAAAAAUAAAAAUGAAAACAGAAAAUAUAGUGUGGUAUAUUUUUGGUUGUGUAAUUAAUUGUGACGGAAAUUGAGAAUAUAAUUGUUUGACAAAAAGCUUUCAAACCUGUAACACAGCUAUUGACAAACAAACAACAAAAGAAACAUUCACAUUCAAGCAAGGAGAGUUUGAAAUGACAGCAACAUUAUUCCUUGCUGUGCUUGGACUUUGUACGUCCACAAAGAACGUCAGUUUCCGGAGUUCACCGGAUGUUGAAUUAAAACAGGAAAGGCAUGAACGAUAUAAUACCGACACGACGAUAAGCGUGCCUUUAUUAUGAUUGGAUGAAUCUGCUGGAAGCUAUUAUCAGACACCUCUACGCUGUUCUAAACAUUAAUUGGAGCUCUUCUGUAAUUUAAAACAUUGCACGGCUAUUGGAUGGUAUGAGUUAAGGGACGGUGAUUUGUAAAGCCACCACACAAUCUAUUCUCAAUCAAGUCUCAAAGGGCUUUCCAUGCCUAUAUGCAGUUGAAUGUUGUCAAGUGAGAAAAGGAAGUAUCUCCUGAGACAAAGAGGAAACCACUUUCUUGUAUUACAAAUGGACAAGAAAUGGAAACAUUAACCAUUUGUUUAGAUCAUGUACAGAUUAAUCAAAUGAGAUAAUCUAAGUAAAUAUAAACACGUUCUCUGGCAUUGUCUUCCCAUCCCCGGAGCAUGAUGGAGCACAGAAAAGCCUUAACUAUAUCUCUGACGGUUGACAAGGACACCUCGAUGGGGAAUCCGCUCAAGCUCCCCAAGUCACGGAGCUCUCCAGAGCGUGUGAAGUUAUCGGGCCAUAUAAAUGGUACCAACGUCGUGGAAUACAAGGUCAGAUACCCUGACACUCAACACAAAAAGGGGACCACGCUGUUUGAACACAACCAGAGGAUUAUUGUCCGAUUGGGAUUAGCCAGCAAGAGCCCCUGCCUGAUCCUCAGAGACGUGCUGCGGACGGAGGCGGGCCGGGCCUUCCUGGGAAGGCGGAGGUGCAGCCAGCUCACGGCGAACGGCACGCAGACGUCGCCGAAUACCAACGGCCAGACACCGCCCUCCUCGGGUCGCAGGGGGUCGAGGUCGGAGGAGGUGGAGAAGGGAAAGAGGAGAGCCCUCGCUCCUCAGUCCCCGGCCUCCAAUUUGAAGACGCGGGUCGGGGCCUCUCCAAGGGUCCCCGACCACCACAUCACCCCCAGGAGGCCACAGGAGAAGGCCAGCCAGAGGAGAGAGGCAACAGGAGUCAGGGAGCCCCCGAUAAGACCAGACGGCAGAUAUCCAGAAGGAAGAGCCCUUAUAACCGCGUGGGCCCCCCACUGCGUCCCCGGCGGGGGGCCGUACGUCAACCCCUGGACCGGCAGUCGGGGAGGCCUUCCUCGAGGCAGAUGGACGAACCCGGAAUCGAACGGGCGACAGAUCCUACUGAAGAGGCAGAGCCACGCGCCGGGCGGGCACCGCAACGGAGCGCCCGCGGCCGCCAGCGACCUCCCACGGAGCUUUUUCCGGCACCCCGGCGAUGGAAAGGCAGACGGAGAACCCCAAAACAAACGGCCGUUCCUCAUCCGGGGCAGAAGCCAUCCCAGCCAAUCAGAGAGCCCGGCCCGCGGGCCGGUGCGAAUCACCCUGGACAGACGGGCGUUGUCUGGGAGAGAGUGCGUGAGGCCGAGCGUUUCUCCAUCGGGGGCCGGGAAGUCGACCGCAUCCCCUGGACUGAACAAGGACGACAGCGGCGCCUCUGAUCCCAUUGUGCUGUCCAGCGAUGAGAGCGAGGCAGGCGAGCCGGACCCCCGCUGUAGUCCUGUCAGCCAGCUCAAGGUUUGUGUGGGAGCGACGGGGUCUCUGAAAAAGGCUCCAAAGAAAACGGCGGUCGCUCAGGGAGAAGACACCAACACAAAGGUGGUGGAGGACAAUUUCCCAGAUGAUGAAUUGAAGGCUUUUAUAGUGUCCAGUAUUUCCAGUCAGGAUUACUCGUGCACGACCCUCUCCUUCUAUGCCCUGCACUCUGGAUGCUACAAGGGGCUUGCUAACGGGAACAUCAUGAUUCAGGGCAGACGACUCCUCAUACCGUUAAAAGACUCCAGUAGCAAGCUGCCGGUGCUAUUUGCGGUGGAGUUUAAGGAGCUGCGGAGCUACAGCUUGUGGGAGCAGAGCGAGUUGCAGGCCCGCGGGCUGCGGUACCAGAGCGAGCACCUCGAGCCCCCCAUGUUCCUCCUGCUCCUGGUCUCCUACCCCCAGGCCGUCGCCACACAGACGCUUCUCCUCAAGAUGUCAGGCCAACAGCGCACGGACAGCCUGGGUCAGGUGAGCCCCUUCCUGCUGCUGAGCCUGCGGACCAGGAUGGAAGGCGUGGAGUCGGCCGUGCUGCGCUCGGCCCUGGAUCUGGCCUCCCUGAGCAACCUGUCCGAGCUGCACACCGACCGGCCCGUGGACAUCCUGAGCGAGCUGGACGACUUCCAGUCGCCGGAGAUGUCUCUGGACGACUCUCUGGAGUUCAUCAGGAGGAUCGGGCUGGACCCCCAGCUGCUGAGCUUGCUGGGGGCCAAGGACAGUCCGGAGCUCGCGCCGGAUCCCCCCGCGUCGCCCCCGGAGCCGGCGGGACUGUUUGACCUGCACAUCCAGGUGUGCGACCCCGACACCGGCCUACCGUCGGAGCCCAGCACCGUGAUAGACGACGAGGCGACCCCGGCGCUAGAGAGCUCCGCGCCGAGCGACGAGAAGGCGUGCCCCGCCGAGCCGACCCCCGCUCCCGUACCCGAGCCCGCCGAGCGAGAGUACACCCUGUGUCACCGCCGAGCCGGGGAGUCCUACACGGUGACCCGGGCCACGCCAGAUGCCAGCUGGACCAAGUUCAAGCACCAGGGGCUGGCACGCAGGCUCAUCCAGUUCCCUCCGCCGCCAUUGAAAGGAGGCAUCACUGUGACGAUGGAGGAUCUUCAGUGCCUUGACAGCGGACAGUACCUCAACGACGUCAUCAUCGACUUCUACCUCAAGUUCCUCCUGGACCAGGCCCCCGCGGCGGUGGUGGAGCGCUCGCACGUCUUCAGCAGCUUCUUCUACAAGCAGCUGACGCGGCGCGACAACGCCAGCGAGGACGGCACUGGCACCACCGUCAGCCAGAGCCUGCGGCGCCACCAGCGGGUCAAGACAUGGACGCGCCACGUGGACAUCUUCCAGAAGGACUUCCUGUUUGUGCCCGUCAAUCAGGAGGCUCAUUGGUACCUGGUGGUCAUCUGCUUCCCUGGUCUGGAGGAGCCGUCGUUUGAGCGCCGGACAGAGGCCGGCUGGGAGCCCACGCCGGGGGAAAGCGGGCCCUCCAGCCCCCCGGUUCAGGAGGCGGCCUCGGGCCCGCCGGAGUCGGAUGGCCCCAUCCUGGUAGAGCCUUCGUCGCCGCUAACCGUAAAAGCAGAAGGGCCGACGGAAAAAGUUGGAGAGGAGGCCACAGAAAACAGCCAACCCGGUCCCCCGAAUUGCACAGAGGCGACCUGUCAGAGGGACACUGUGUGCAAAAGGCCCUGCAUCCUCAUCAUGGACUCCCUCAAGCUCUCCCUCCACGAGCGCAUCUUCAAACUCAUGAGGGAGUACCUGCAGGCGGAGUGGGAGGUCCGGCGGGGCUCGACGAGGGACUUCAGCGCUGAGCAGAUGAAGGGGGCCCACUGCCGCGUCCCCCUGCAGGACAACUGCAGCGACUGCGGCCUCUACCUCCUGCAGUACGUGGAGAGCUUUCUGAAGGACCCUGUGCUGCACUUUGACCUCCCGCUGCGCCUGGAGCGCUGGUUUCCACGGCAGCAGGUCCGCAGGAAACGAGACGAGAUCCGGGACCUGGUGCUGUCUCUCUACCGGCGGCAGCAGCAGCCGCAGCUGGGCCCUGCGGGGGCCACAUAGCAGACCUCACAUCGCAGGACCCCCGUCCUGGAGCUACUGCCAAAGCUGCUCAUACUGAGCAAACAGACGAUUUCAGCGUGAUCUGAACAGUAUUCACUUUCCAAUAGGUUUAUGGAAUGUAUCAUGGGACCACCUCGCAAGUGCACUCAAAUCUGAGCUUUUAUAACGGUGUGCACAAAGAAAAGUUAAAAGUACCCACUCUUGAAGUAAUUCAUGUAAGUAUAUUUUGGUAGAGGAUAUUUUAAUUGGGUUUGAGACGGUCAGAGUUUAAUUGUCGUUCUCAUGCCUUGUUUUAUGGUCUUGCGUGGGCAAUGAGCUAGGGACCGGCCCUCUCUUGGUGUCAAAAGAUGUUCACGUUGAUUUCAAAUUAUUUUCAAACGCUGAUUUUUUUUGCAAAUCAUGUCCACCAUUUUAACAUUUUUAAUUUGGACCUACUCAGACCCUCUCUCAUCACACCUGCUCAGCACCUGACAGCUCAGCCUGAGGUCUGAGAUGAAUUCCUGAAUGCAAGACAUGGCUGUUUGAACCACUGCUGCCUCAUUUCUGUCUUAAUACUGAUCCAUUUUGAUAGAAUUUUUUAUCCUUUUACGUUUUGUUUAUAUAUUAGCCUUAAACGUUGAGGUAAUUUUAUGCCGGGCGUUCAAGUGUGAAAUAAUGUUACACCUUUUCUUUUUAUACAAAAAAGCAUUAAAACAUCUACACUAAAACUUA